CGGGUGGCUCCUACUACAUGAUCUCGCGCUCCCUGGGACCCGAGUUUGGUGGGGCUGUGGGGCUCUGCUUCUACCUGGGCACCACCUUUGCCGGCGCCAUGUACAUCCUGGGCACCAUCGAAAUCCUGCUGGCCUACAUCUUCCCGGCCAUGGCUAUCUUCAAGGCAGAGGAUGCCAGCGGGGAGGCGGCUGCGAUGCUCAACAACAUGCGUGUGUACGGCACCUGCGUGCUGACCUGCAUGGCCACCGUGGUGUUUGUGGGGGUCAAGUACGUCAACAAGUUCGCUCUGGUCUUCCUGGGCUGUGUCAUCCUCUCCAUCCUCGCCAUCUACGCUGGUGUCAUCAAGUCGGCCUUUGACCCACCGAGCUUCCCGUGAUUCUGCCUCCUGGGCAACAGGACCCUCUCGCGCCAUGGCUUCGACCUCUGCACUAAGAUGGUGGUGGAGGGGAAUGAGACAGUGGGCUCCAAGCUCUGGGAGCUCUUCUGCACCUCCCGCUUCCUCAAUGCCACCUGUGACGAGUACUUCACCAUGAACAACGUGACUGAGAUCGAGGGCAUCCCCGGCGCUGCCAGCGGCCUCAUCCAAGAGAACCUCUGGAGCUCGUACCUGACCAAGGGCGUGAUUGUGGAGAAGCGGGCCCGCCCCCCCCCUGACACUCCGGUGGACAUGGACCAGCCCUACGUCUUCAGCGACAUGACCUCCUACUUCACACUGCUCGUCGGCAUCUACUUCCCCUCUGUCACAG